AUGAAUGAAUUUAACGAUUUCAAAUAAUUGCGUUAAAAUUACUCAAAUGCUUUGGAGAAAAAUAUUCAAAAACUUCAAGGCAGACUAAAGGCUCUGAAUAAUAAUAUCAUAAACUCUACAUCAGCUUAAAAAAUAACAAUGACGAAGAAUCCGACAGAAGUGAAAUCAUUAAGAUCAUCUUGCUUAUUUACAGACAAUAAUUUGGCAUCACCAACCGACAGAUUCGAGAGUAGUCAAGUUUUUGCUAAUUUUAAUCGAUACAAUAGUCUGGAUGUCCCUUAAGCAAGUCAAGGGGUUUAAUAAGGCAAACAAUCACCAGAUGUUUUUGAAAAUAUUUUUUUGAAAUAAUCGUAUAUCCCUUACGAAUAGAAAUAAAUAAAAUAGGCAAAUAAAACAAAGCAAAAAAACACACAGAGUAAUACUUUGAAGAUAACAAAAAAAGCAGAAAAAAAUCAUUAUCUGAGCAAUUAGAUGAAUAGUUAAUCAUUGUAAAAUAUUAAGAAAAAAGAUGAUAUCUCGUAAGAUAAAACCCUGAAAAGGAAUCCAGAGAAAAAGAAAGCCCUAAUUCCUGCUGCUGCUUAACAAAAGACAAAAAAUACAUCGCGUUCCCCAUAAAAACAAAGAGUAAAACAGAAUAAGUAACAAACUCCGUAACAAAAUCUACAGAAACCAUUGCUUAAUGAAAUUUUGAAAAAGUUUGUUUCAUCAAAGACUAGUUUAAGCAGAACAGUAUCUAAAUCCAAGUCUAAAUCUAAGUCAAAAUCGAAAUCUCCUGAAAAAGAAUCUACUUCUUUUAAAAAGAAACACAAAUCUAGAUCCAGAGAGCAAGCCAUUCAUCAUUAUAAUGAGCAAAUCACAUCUUAGUUUAGUCCAACACAAGAGAAAUUUUAGAUGGGGAACAUCGAGUACUCUCCCAGUCUUCUUCGGUAAGUGAGAACACUGAGUAAAAAGAAGGGAAGGAGCAAAUAGAAACAUUUGCAACAACAACAAUAAUAAUAAUAAAUUACUAAUCCUAGUCCUAAUAAGGUGUCAGAGAUUCACACUUUAAGAUUGAAGCAUCUAUUGAGAGACAAAUCAAACAAGCAGGACAAAAAAAUAAGAACGCAAAUACGGACUACCGAAUCUCCUAUUCCAAUAAAGAAUUACAAAUUAGAUGUACCUUAAAUUAAAAGUCUUGAAGAUCAGCCAAAGGAUGACUCAAAGCCAAGUUCUGUAAGACUCAAUACUUUGUCAAUUUAAAGAUCUGAUGAAAAGGAUAGCAGUGUGUUGAUGAAUAUCUUUCAUGAAUUAAAGAAUUUAUCAGAGGAUCAAAUUCAAUAAUUUUAACAAAUAUUAAAGCAGAUUAGAGUUGAAAGGAGGGAUGAGGAAUUAUAGACUUCAAUUUCUGAUUUGAAUUAAGCUGUGGAAAAUUUAAAAGCAAACAAUCAAUCAAAUUAAAAGAAUAACAUUACAGAAACUCAUUUGAAGAUGGCAUUGGAGGAGUUCCCUAAGAAAUCACAUGCAUCAUCACCGAUGUCAAACAGCAGUUUCAUUUUUAAGAAAGAGUUCUUGACUAAUUCUUAAAUAGAGGAGAUAUGUCAACAAAGGGAGAAGCAUAAAAUUAAGAGUUAAUAGUUAGAUGUAGGCAUUUUAGACCUUGUUGCAGCAAUAGAAAAUAUCUCCGAGAUCGUUUCAUCACAAUAAACAAUUGGUUUAAUCUUGGUUCUCAAAGCAAGCCGAUUAAUUGUAGAAAUUCAAAUCGGAAUUGCAGAAAGUGUAAAAACAAUCGAAUACUUUGUUGAAGAAGACUGA